AUGGCGGACUCUGUAGACCGGGUCUUUGUCCAUGCCCUCAACACGGUCAAGAAGAUUCCGAAGACGGGCGCGUCGCGGCCGCCACCCUCCGAACGGCUUCGACUAUAUGGACUCUACAAACAGGCAAUGGAAGGGGACGUGGACGGCGUUAUGGAGCAGCCCAUCGCCGGUACAGGCCUAACCGCGGAGGAGCUGCAGCGGGAACGCGACAAGUGGGAUGCAUGGAACUGCCAAAAGGGCAUUAGCCGCACGGAAGCUAAGAGACGAUAUAUCGAAGCUCUCAUCGAAACAAUGCACCGCUAUGCCACGACAGCAGAUGGGAGAGAAUUGGUCUCGGAACUCGAAUUCGUUUGGAACCAAAUCAAGAACAACAGCCCUAGCACCAGCGAUUCUUCGCCGCAAGCUGCGGCACCGCCCCGACGCUUUACACAACCAAUGAGCGGCAGCGAUGGUCCCAUGAAGAUGCUGAGCCCAAUGAGCGAACAGGACGAGGCCGAGCUGCGAUCUCAUCGACAAAUGGAUUUAGAGGACCGCGAAAUGGGACACGAUGUCAGCGUCGGAAGCGGCCGGUCACAGCGGAAGAUGGAGCGCGCCAUUACCAAGCUGUCCGCCGAGGUGGCCGCCCUGCGUGAGCAAAUUUCAACAGGCCGCGAAUGGAAAUCAAAGAAGGAGCGCAGCUUCCCAUCAUGGCUUGGCUGGUUCGUUUGGUCCAUCAUGAAGCACCUCCUCAUCGACUGCGUCAUCUUAUCCAUGAUCCUAGUAUGGAUGAGGAAGCGCAAAGACCGCCGUCUUGAAGACCUCGUGCGUGCAGCUCUGACUCUCGUACGAGAGUACGUGAGGAAUAUCGUUCCAUCAAGGUGA